AUCGUACCGCCUGCGGUCAUCCGGCCUGGUGUAAGAAGGAACACGUUACCGAUGCCAGUAGCGGUUCCUCCCGCUCCUGUGGCUGGGUAUGAAGUUGAGGAAAAGGAAGAGGAAGAGAUUCGACCUGAGGAAAGUGGGAUUCAGGCUAUAUUGCAGAAUAAAGAGCUUUUCUUUGAAUUUAUGGACGAGUUUUUCGCGAGAAAAGGUUUUAAUGUUCGUCCUCGUGAAGAAGUCCGACACGUUGAACCGGAACCCGAGGUGAUCGAUGGACCAUUUGAACCUAUCUCUCCUCCAGCAAGGGAGCCGCCAGAACAAGUACACUCUGAUCCCGAGGAACCUACAUACAUGGAAGAGCCAGAAAUAGAGGAAGAAGAACCGGAACCACAAAGAGUACCAACACCACCUCCCAUAGUCCCUCCUGCCGUCGUGCGACCUCCACCAAGAAGGAUACCACCGGCUUUCACGGCUCCAGCUGAAAAGCACAUAGAUUACCCUCCUAUGGAAGAGGCGGAUCAGAGUAUACUUGUUCUGGCGGCUCCCUUGCUGGAGGAGAGAUAG